CUCUUAUUCUCUUUCUUUCCCAAUUCCCAAAUCUUUCUCUCUCUUUCUCUCUCUCAUUAUGGUUAUACUUUUCCCAUAAGAACUCAAUAUAGUUUUCUGGUUUUUUUUCUUGUCCUUUAAAAUAAGCAAUAGGAAUUUAGAUAGAGAGAGUACCCUUUUUGGUGUCAGAAGGGAGAAAAUCCCAAUAAACUCAUCAAUUAUAUCCAUUUCGCGCAUUCUCUCGUCGUUUCUCUCCAUGCAAAAACGUUUAUUCUCACUUGUCCUAUUACUAUAAAUAUAACCCUUAACAUCCCGAACCCUACAAUAAAUUUCACUGUUUUCCUUUUUCUUCUCUCAUCUUUUUGGAUCAUAAUAAACCUUCUGACCACCAUCAUGAAAACUUGUCCAAAACUGGGUUCAAUAGUCGCGUUAAACGACAACGACUCUCGUCGUAAAAGUAGUACUAGAACCAAGUUUGCCUUGAGAUUUAUCCGAUCUCUCAUGGAAAUGAAAAGGCGUGGGCAUGUUUCUUCUUCUUCUUCUAAUACUGAUAACAAUAAUGUCUCGUCUGCAGUGGAAAGAAGCGAGAGGAUAAAGGUGGCAGCGUAUUCUUCGAUGGCGCAUGCAGUGGGGCCGAGGAGGGCUUGGGCCAGAGCUCUCAUCUUCAAACUUCGAAGGAGGGCAAAACGACGACGCGUUUUGAUGAAAAUGAACAGAUCGAAAAGUCUUACCUGCUUGGUCUUGAAAAAGAAGAAGAAGAAAAAGUUGAAGAAGAAAAGGGUUGUUGAUUACGACGAUGAAGAUGACGUAUUAAGUCAUACUGAUAGGCUUCGAGGACUUGUGCCUGGUGGGAAAGCCAUGGAUAUAUGCAGUUUGUUCGAUGAAACUGCUCAUUUUAUUAUGUCUCUUGCUACGCAGGUGAAGGUUAUGCAGGAUAUUGCUGAUCACUUAUCAUCAAAAUGAGUAUGUAUGUGAGAGAGUAUAUAUAAAUAAAUAUAUUUUUAUAUACGACAUAUAUUAAUUUAAAGAUAUGUUUAUUUAUGAAAUUGGAAAAAUAGUUAACACUUUCAUCAUGAUAUUUAUAGGGAGAGAAAGAGAGCUUAUAUACUUUUUUUUACUGAAUAUACAGUAUUUGGUUACUAAUUAUUAUGUCCGCCCUCUUAAAGGGGCAAUUUGAUCUAUAUAUUCUAGGCUGCAACGAUCGAUUAAUGUC